AUGGUGGAGCUAAAUAACAUGGUUUCAUUAUUCAUCAUUUCAAAAGUGCCGAUGACAAUGCCGGUAGUCAAAGUGGAGAAAGUGUCUCCUGCAGACACCACGCUGCCCUCCUCCAAUCCGUCGCCACAGACAGAGGAGCAGCCCCGAGGUCGCAGGAGGAAGAGACCCCUGCAGCGGGGGAAACCACCAUACAGCUACAUUGCUCUCAUUUCCAUGGCGAUCGCCAACUCCCCUGACCGCAAACUGACCCUGGGGGGGAUCUACAAAUUCAUCACAGAGCGCUUCCCCUUCUACAGAGACAAUUCCAAGAAGUGGCAAAACUCCAUUCGCCAUAACCUAACGCUCAACGAUUGCUUCAUCAAGAUCCCCCGAGAGCCGGGGCGGCCCGGUAAGGGCAAUUACUGGGCGCUGGACCCCAACGCGGAGGACAUGUUUGAGAGCGGCAGCUUUCUGAGGCGCAGGAAGAGGUUUAAGCGCUGCGACCUGAGCACAUACGCCUCGUACGCGCACGAGACGCCGGUUUUCUCCCCCGUCCAGAUUUCCAGGUCGGCCGCGUACACCAACUCAGUUUACUCCAACAUGACAGUCAGCCCGACCUACGGGCAGCAGCUGCCCUCUGCCUACUACCCGUCUUCAUCCCCUCCCGGGUUUGGACACGGUCAGACCCGCAUGUUCAGCAUCAACAACAUCAUAGGGCAUCCGGCCGCCGGCAGCAUGCUGGCCGGUCAGGGGGCGGAGGCCAUGCAGCAGUCCGGCCGGGGCUUUAGCCCCGACGGCCUCCUCAACGGAGCUGGACCCUGCGGCCUAGGAGCGCCGGGGUUCCAGAGUCAGCCGUGUGGGGGUGCAGCGCCGCCUCGAUCCUCAAAUCACUCCUACACCUACUCAGGACCCAACGGCCACCCACACAACCAUGCCCACCAGGGCUCCUACGGACAGGGUCACUCUCAGGGCUACGCGACGCCCGGUCGGAUCCACGCCUCGGCGCACGGCUGCGUGGAAGCAGUGGACCAUUACGGAAGGGUCUCCCCGGUACAGCUGGGCUCUUUCUCCCAGUAUAACAGCGCGGCAGGCCCUGUCGCAAACACCGGAGGAUACCUGAGACACCCCACAUACCCCGGGAGCAUAGACCGAUUCGUGUCCGCAAUAUAAGUCGCUGAAACUGUCAAACCAGGCAUCUGACCAUCUCUUUCAAAAGAACGGAGACAGGAGGGGGCAUCAAGUGAGCCAGACAUUUUGACGCACAAACACUGCUUUCUAUGUUCAUGAUGUUUAAGGACAAAACUGAACAGACUGACCUCUUUGGAGACACAAAUGUGAUUUUGAUAAACUUAACCUGAAGCUCAUCUUCAGUACUCAUGGAAACUUACUGCUAUGAUAAGAGAGUACAUGUCCUUUUAUGCAUACCUGCAAGUUGUUGCUUUAUUCUUUUUUAAAUGUCAUGAAUGUCCAAUGACAGCCGUAAUGAUCUUCAUAUAAAUUAUUGUUCUUCUUGGUCUUAGGCUUUAAGUGGUAUAUGUAAAAAAAACAAAAAACAAGAAACACAGUUUUUGUCUAUCUGCAUGUAUUCUAUUGGCAAGAUUAAAUUUGUUUAGUUUAGUUCUGCUUUGUAAAUAAACAGAUAUGGCACUUUUGCUCUUCAAGAAUAAAAUAUUUUAACUACUGAUGAAACACAGCAGUUAUAAUGGUGACAAAAGAUCGCACUCGUGAUUCUCUUGCUUAAAAUUUUAAAGAUUGAUUUGCACCCAGAUGCUUUUUAUCCCUAUACAUUUCUAACAGACAUAAUAACCC